AAACAAACUUUUCUUUUUUUACCAUGUUCAUGAACACAAAAAUGGUUGACAGGGAUGCAAUGGUGACAAAAAGAAAGCUGGAAUCUGCCUUUCAAUAAGCAAGAAAUAGUCCUCUCAUCCAGGUCAUGUCAUCCACGUUCCAUUGGCAGGUAUUGUCAUAUCUGCAUCCUACAUUGUGAGGUCACCAAAGCAACCUAUUGAUCAUUCUAGAAUCUACCUCUUGAAGAUUCCAAAUGAGACUGGAAAACCCUCUUCAAUAAGACCUGUGUGAUGAUAGAUUGUGUCCUGAGCCUGCAGGUCAGGCUGAAAGAGUCAACAACCAGCAAAGUGAAGAUCUAGGAGGCUGUUCCCCUUGAACCUGUGCGGACCUGAUCAAACCUCGACGGAAAGGCUGGAAGAACACAUCCCCUGGUCAGCUGUAGGAAAGCCAGAGAGCAUUUGAGAAGAGGCUGAAGCUUGAAUUUUGCAAACACACAAGACCUCUGCAUUUCCCCAGAGAGAAGGUUUUUUUCUUGUCUUCAUUUUCUUUGAAACACCUGGGGUGAGGAAAAACCUCUACAUUGGCCAAGCAGAAGAAACAGGAUCUAUAACUGAAGAGGAUCGGCUAAGAGUGGUUCCUCGCAGCUUAAAGGGAGGGACUUUUCACACUCUGUCUUAAAAUCAGAAGUUGAAUUCAUGAACACAUAUGAUUUAGAUAGAAGUCAUGGGAUGCAGCAGUUCUUCAACGAAAACCAGGAAAUCUGAGACAUCGCUGAAAGCUGCGUUGAUCAUCCAGAACUGGUACCGAGGUUACAAAGCUCGACUGAAGGCCAGACAACACUAUGCCCUCACCAUCUUCCAGUCCAUCGAAUAUGCUGAUGAACAAGGCCAAAUGCAGUUAUCCACCUUCUUUUCCUUCAUGCUCGAACACUACGCACAUGUACAUAAGGAAGAGCUAGAAUUAAGAAAUCAAUCUCUUGAAAGCGAACAGGACAUGCAGGACAGACAUGAUUAUGUGGACUUGAUAGAUGUCCCAGACUCCUAUAAUGGCCCUCGGCUACAAUUUCCUCUCACUUGUACUGAUAUUGAUUUACUUCUUGAGGCCUUCAAGGAACAACAGAUACUUCAUGCCCAUUAUGUCUUAGAGGUGCUAUUUGAAACCAAGAAAGUCCUGAAGCAAAUGCCGAAUUUCACUCAUGUACAAACUUCUCCCUCCAAAGAGUUAACAAUCUGUGGUGAUUUGCAUGGGAAACUGGAUGAUCUUUUUAUGAUCUUCUACAAGAAUGGUCUCCCCUCAGAGAGCAACCCAUAUGUUUUUAAUGGUGACUUUGUAGAUCGAGGAAAGAACUCCAUAGAGAUCCUAAUAAUCCUGUGUGUGAGUUUUCUUGUCUACCCCAAUGACCUGCACUUGAACAGAGGGAACCACGAAGAUUUUAUGAUGAAUCUGAGGUAUGGCUUCACGAAAGAAAUUUUGCAUAAAUAUAAGCUACAUGGAAAAAGAAUCUUACAAAUCUUGGAAGAACUCUAUGCCUGGCUCCCAAUCGGUACAAUCGUUGACAAUGAAAUCCUGGUCAUCCAUGGUGGGAUAUCAGAGACCACAGACUUGAAUUUACUCCACUGUAUAGAGAGGAACAAAAUGAAAUCUGUGCUGAUACCACCAAUGGAAACAGACAGAGACUAUGACACUGACUCGAAGCACAAUAAAGUAGGUGUGACUUUUAAUGCACAUGGAAGAAUCAAAACAAAUAGAUCUUCUAUUGAACACUUACCAAAGCAUGAAUGGGAACAGAUUAUUGAUAUUCUGUGGAGUGAUCCCAGAGGCAAAAACGGCUGUUUUCCAAAUACGGGCCGAGGAGGGGGCUGCUAUUUUGGACCAGAUGUUACUUCCAAGAUUCUUAAUAAAUACCAGUUGAAGAUGCUCAUCAGGUCUCAUGAAUGUAAGCCCGAAGGGUAUGAAAUCUGUCAUGAUGGGAAGGUUGUGACUAUAUUUUCUGCUUCUAAUUAUUAUGAAGAAGGCAGCAAUCGAGGAGCUUACAUCAAACUAUGUUCUGGUACAGCUCCUCGAUUUUUCCAGUACCAAGUAACUAAAGCAACGUGCUUUCAGCCUCUUCGCCAAAGAGUGUAUACUAUGGAAAGCAGCGCCAUCAAGAUAUUAAAAGAGAGAGUGAUUUCACGAAAAAGUGACCUUACUCGUGCUUUCCAACUUCAAGACCACAGAAAAUCAGGAAAACUUUCUUUAAGCCAGUGGGCUUUUUGCAUGGAGAACAUUUUGGGGCUGAACUUACCAUGGAGAUCCCUGAGUUCGAAUCUGGUAAACAUAGACAAAAAUGGAAACGUUGAAUACAUGUCCAGCUUCCAGAAUAUCCACAUUGAAAAGCCAGUACAAGAGGCUCAUUCUACUCUAGUUGAAACUCUGUACAGAUACCGAUCUGACCUGGAAAUCAUAUUUAAUGCCAUUGACACUGAUCACUCAGGCCUGAUCUCCAUGGAAGAAUUUCGUGCCAUGUGGAAACUUUUUAGUGCUCACUACAAUGUUCUUAUUGAUGAUUCCCAAGUCAAUAAGCUUGCCAACCUAAUGGACUUGAACAAAGAUGGAAGCAUUGACUUUAAUGAGUUUUUAAAGGCUUUCUAUGUAGUGCAUAGAUAUGAGGACUUGAUGAAACCUAAUGUCACCAACCUUGGCUAAACACAAAUGAGAGCUUCCCUCAGGCUCCCUGUAAACAGCUAGGCCCAAAUCACAAGUAUAGUCCUUUCCAAUACCCCUGAAAUUCACAGUCAGUAGCAGAGAAAAGCAGAUCCCAAUUCAUCCCACAAACAGACGCAUAGUAUGGGUUUUGGAAGUCCCUAGCAAGCUGUUAAUGGUAAGAUUAGGUAUAUUGCCAGUGAGAAACUGGGUUUGAACCUAAUGGUGUUCUCCUGAGUGCCACCUAACCAGGAGGCCAGAGCGGUUUGAAAACAUCCUGAAAGGAACUCACACAGCACAAAAGAAAACUACUAAGCACGACAUCUGUGAGUGACAGAGGGAGAGAGGAGGAAUACCACGUUAUUCAUGGAAUAAAGUCUUUCCAUCUUUAAACUGU